AUGAUCAAAGUGGAUGUCUCACAAGAUCUGCCAGGCGUCGUGGACAUCCAGAAGGAGGCUCACCCAAGACGAUUGUCGCGCCAGAGAUGGCUGAUGCUAUCGAUCCUCUGCUUGGAUAUAUGUGUCAGUUACCUCCCGUAUUACACCUUUGUGCCGAUUCUCCGCCAGAGCAUGCAGGUCUAUGGGGCGGAUGAGGCAGCCCUGAAUUGGCUCUGCAUUAUGUACGCUUUGGUUUAUAUCCCAGGGGCUUUCCUGACAGGCCCCAUCGUUGGCAAGAUCGGCUGCCGCUGGACGUUCAUCGUGUCGAUGGCGUUGAAUGUCGCUGGCUGCGUCGUCCGCUGUGGCCCGCAGUACGUGACGAGCUUCCUCGAGGCGUCGGCGCUCCUGCACCCUCUCAACGAGACCUCCAGGCCCCCAGGGAUCGACAACGGCAGCCUGCCUGGCGAGCCUGGCGGCGUGCCGGGGCCGCCGCUGGUGCCGGCGGUGAUGCCGUACGCCUGGCUGCUGAUCGGGCAGGCGUUGUGCGCGAUGGGGCAGCCGUUGCUGGUGAACACCACCUCGGAGAUGGGGGCGGAGUGGUUCCCGCCACACGAGCGCCCGACGGCCGCCAUGGUCUCGAACCUGAUGAAUUUCGUAGGCAGCUCGCUGUCCUUCAUGCUCCCGACGCUGCUGGUUGAGGAUCACCCCGACAGCCUGGAGGCGGCCGAGCGCGAGAUGACGCGGCUCAUGCAGGCCCAGCUCGGCAUCGCCUUCUUUUCCAUGGUGAUCACGGCGGUCCUGUACCGAGAUCCUCCCAUGCGGAGCGCCGCGUGUCUCGAGAGGCUCGGCGUGCCGUUCCACAGGGAGAUGUUGGCGAUGCUGAGCCUGCGCGAUUUCUGGGUCGUCAACGGGCAGUUCGCGGUGUACGUCGCACUGGGCCACGCCUUUGACGCCGUCGAGGGUACCCUUCUGGAGCAUUACGGCUACAGCGCGUCGGUUGCAUCUUGGACGGCUCUCGCUUGCGGGAUCACCUCCAUUCUGAGCACGCUGCUGGAGGCCAAGUACAUCGACAGCCCCACCAUGUACAGGGGCGCCCUCAUCGCCGCCAACGGCUGCAUCGGCGCCUCUCUGCUGAUAGGAUUUCUCUGCCUGCACUUCCGGAUGAGCGAGGGGUGGUUCAUAUUCGCGCUUGGCGUGUUCGGGCUCGCCACUCCUGGGUGGGGCUGCAGCUGCGAGCUGAGUGCGGAGGUCUGCUACCCUGCGCGUGAGGCGACGGUGAGCUCGGUCAUGGAGGCAUUUGGGAACAUGCUCGGCGUCUUCGGGAUCAUGAUCACGCAGGUCCUCAUCGAUGCCGGCUACGGAGCCAAAGUGCUGUUGCUGAUGGCCGCCUCGGCGGGCGUCGGGGCCACCAUGCUCCUCGGUCUGAGCGGGCGGCUGUGGCGGUUCGAGGCCGAGGCCGAAGCUGAGGAGGGUGCGCAUGCAGUCCGGGACGAUCGGGUGGCGACGCCGCAGCAGGCUCGAGAGAUCUUGUGCGACGUGUCGAAGCAGAGGCGCAUCAGGGCCAUCCCCCCGCGCUGCCAGCAGGUGAUGGCCUACGCGAGCAGCAAAGCCUGCUUCGCCUUGCCCGAGCCAGUGGCGAGGUUCCUGGGCGGCAGGACCGUGUUCGUCGUCGCCACGAGCGUGGUCCUCUGCAUCCUCCCGCUGUUCCGGUUCAGCCACAGCUUUUACCAGCCGGAUCUGCGAGAGUUCACCAGGGUAGAGGACCCUGGGCUCUCGGUUACCUUCGCGCAGAAUGCCUCGGGACCGGUGCAACUGAAUGUCCAGGGCAACAGCAGCACGGCCGGGCACGAUGGAGCGGGCAUUAUCUUUGAGAAUGGGCUGCACGAGCCCGUCAACGUUGUGAUCCACUGUGCCCAGGACUCCAAGAGGCUGGAGCGUUUCGCCAAGCACAUGGCAGAGGCCAACCUCUCCUUCCACGUCUUCGAGUGCUUCACCGGCAGUGAGCGGGAAGUCUCCGCCGCUGUGCACGCCCACCUCCUGCCUCCGUCCGCGCUCGGCGCCGUGGGCGGCGUGACCCACGCGGGGCUGGCCCGGCAGGAGCUCAUCGGCACCGCCAUCUCCCACCUGAGGCUCAUGAAGAGCAUCAGCCGGACGAGCGAGUGGAGAACUGUCAACGUGUUCGAGGACACCGAGGUCGUCUUUGCGGACUUCCGCAGGAAGCGCAAUGCGCUCCUUGCUCAGCUUCCGCGCGGCACGGACUUCGUGAACCUGAACACGCUGCGGCCUGCUGGCGACCGUGCCUUCGGCUCUGGAAAGAGCAGCGUGCUGCAGCACAAGAGCUCGCACUGGAUGGGCAAGCACGUGUUCCGCCUGAGGCAGGGCCUCUCCCCGUUCACGAACGGAUGGCUGGGCAACUACGUCGUGACGAAGAGGGGCGUCAAGAGGAUGAUGUCGCAGGGUUCUACCUACGACACGUUCGGCAAGUGGCAGGUGUUCGAGCAGCACGUGUUCGCCCAGUUCUACGAGGCGCCGCACAUGGCCGGCUUCGUCGGCUUCUCGGUGUCGGCGGGCGUGUUGUCGGUACGCUGCGAGUCGCGGCACGGCCAUCGUGGUGCCAGGGUCGCGCACAUGUGCAAGCUGCCCUGA